GAAUAAACGGAGUUAAAAUGGCGGCAAGUGAACCUGGGUUAUCGUGCGAGGUUCGAGGUAAGAUGGACUGAUUGCAGCUCAGGUGACUGGUAUUUCACUAAUCCCGGUCCGGUAUUUAUGAGUAGAACAAAGCUAUACAAACGAGUAUCUAUUAAAAGUAAAUGUAAAAAGAAGAAAAAUCCAGGACGUAAUUUUUUUACCCACGAAACCCCAACUGGACAUUCCUUCCGAAUAAAAUUACAGUUUGGAAGUGUUGGUUUUUCUGGUUUUUGACGAUAAGGAAAAACUGGGCGGGUAAAUUAUGAGAAACCUGCUAGACCCGAGGGGAGGGGAACCAAUAAAGGACGUUGAUGACAUUGAUAAUGUGCUAUUUUUGACCAGAUCUCGAGGAAGGGGUUGCUCCACAGAGCAACUUCGCAGCAAAUGAACGUUGGUCGUCAGUAGACGCAUUGGUGGACACUCGGCAAGACAGCCCAUCUUCAGGAUCAAGCCUCAGGAGACGAUCUUCUAACGGAAACCCAAAGCAAAGAGAAGAUAAACAUGAGCAAGCGAAAGAAGAGAAACCAACCUUACAAGGAAGGUGA